AUGGCACUUCAGAAAAAUCAAACAUUUUAUGAUGAAAUCCUGAUUGUUGGAUUUGAGAACCUCGCUGACUUCAGAAUCCCUCUCUUCUUUCUCUUGCUGAUCAUUUACACUUUCACUUGCAUUGAGAACAUCCUGAUAAUAGCCUUAGUAUGUAUAAGCCCUCGUCUCCAUUGCCCCAUGUACAUCCUGAUCGGGAAUUUGCUCUUCUGUGAAUUCCUCUAUACAACAGACCUGGUGCCCCUGAUACUGCAACACAUGUUAUCAGGCACAGGGUCCAUCUCCCAACUUGGAUGUUCUCUCCAGUUUUGUGUAUCUGGACCUGUCACGAUGGUUGAGACAAUGCUGCUCACUCUGAUGUCAUAUGACAGAUAUUUGGCUAUUUGUAAGCCUCUCAGGUAUUCAGUCCUCAUCCACAAUAGACUCUGCUUUUAUUUCGUCAAUGGGUUUUGGUUCAUUUCAUUUCUAUUCCAUGUAGGUAUAUUUUACCUUGCAAUAAAUCUUAAAUUUUGUGGCCCUCCGACCAUCGAUCAUUUUUUCUGUGACUUUGUCCCUUUUAUUUCCCUCGCAUGCUCUGAUACCACACCUAUUCGUACAUUAAGCCUAGUGAUCAGCAUUACAUUAACCAUUUUACCUUUCUUUCUGAUUGUUUCAUCCUACAUAUUCAUUAUAGUCUCAAUCCUCAAGAUACAGACGUCGGAGGGAAGGCAGAAAGCCUUCUCCACCUGCAGCUCCCAUCUCUUAGUAGUGACCAUAUAUUACACUGCACUUAUUUGCUUAUUUGUGGUUCCGAGGAGUAGCCAUUUCCUCAAUGUUUACAAAGGGUUGUCCUUUGCAUACUUUUCAGUGACUCCGAUGGUAAACCCCAUCAUAUAUACUCUAAGGAAUCAGGAAAUUCAUAAAGCUCUGCAGGUGGGGAUGACUAAAAUGAAAGCCGUUGUAUCUCAACAAUAA